CGCCCCGUAUCAAUCUCUUCUUCACGCUGGGCUGGACUGGAUCCCCUUCGCCUCUGCCUCUGAGCGCCUCCCCCUCUCUCCCUCCCUCUUCCUCCCCAAACGAGAAGAGGGCACGCCGCAUGCCGCCGCCGGUGAUCGAGAGGGGACUAGCCUUCCCUUGCGUCGCGUCGCCUCCUCCUUCCUCACGCCAGAAGAAGCAUCGUCAUCAUCAGCUCAGCAGCAGCCAUGUUCGGCUCCACCAACCCAUUUGGGCAGUCAUCAACCAGCCCAUUUGGCCAGAACUCAUUCGGAACCCAGCAGGGAUUCGGCCAGGCUACCCCUGCUGCUAGCAACCCCUUUGCGCCAAAACCAUUUGGCAGCCCAACCACAACUUUUGGGGCACAGACUGGAAGCUCACUUUUCGGCACUACAUCCACUGGUGCAUUUGGCCAGCAGCAGUCCACUCCUACAUUUGGCACUACAUCCACUGCUGCGUUUGGCCAGCAGCAAUCCACUCCCACGUUUGGCACCCCGUCCUCCUCUCUGUUCGGGAGCUCUCCAGCUUUCAGUGCAUCGCCCACUCCUGCCUUUGGUGCUACAUCCCCUACCUUUGGCUCUGGAUCUUUAUUUGGACAAAAGCCAAGCUUCGGGGGUUUUGGAUCAUCUCCUAGCCAGUCAAGUCCUUUUGGUAGCACGUUCCAGCAAACACAACCGACAUUUGGCAGCAGCACUUUUGGUACAUCAACUACACCGACAUUCGGUACCACAACUACGCCGGCAUUUGGUGUAACUACACCAGCCUUUGGCACCACAACUACACCGGCUUUUGGCGCCACGACUACCCCAGCAUUUGGUUCCACAUCACCAUCUUUAUUUGGUGCUUCUAGCACCCCGGCAUUUGGUUCAUCAGCUCCUGGUUUUGGAACUUCAGCAACCACAGCAUUUGGUUUUCCUUUGGUAGUUCUCCCUUUGGAACAACAUCACCUUUCGGUGCAGACUCCAGCAUUUGGCUCACAGACAGCAGCACCCGCUUUUGGGCAAGCACAAUUUGGUAAUCAAGCUGGAGGGACUAGAAUAAAACCUUAUGCUCAAACACCAGAUGUUGACGGUACUACCAGUGGUACUCAGCCUGCUGCAAAACUUGAUUCCAUAUCAGCGAUGCCUGAAUACAAAGACAAGAGUCAUGAAGAAUUGAGGUGGGAAGAUUACCAGCGCGGAGACAAGGGCGGACCAAACCCUUCUGGAACUCCAACAGUGACGCCUACCUUUCCAUCAUCAACACCACCGAAUACUUUUACAACAAGCAGUCUAUUUAGCCAAACUACUCCAAACCCAUUUUCAUCAAACAAUCCAUUUGCUAAGAAUGGUUCAACUAGUGCAUCACUAUUCAACACCUCAUUUAACAAUACACCAGUUGCAAGUUCGAGCCCAUUCACAUCGUCCACUAGUACCACAAUGUUUGGACAAACAGGUGUUUCUGCAUUUCCAGCAAGUAGUUCACCAUCUUUGUUUCCAAGUACUGCUCCUGCUUUUGCUUCAUCUUCGCUGUUUGGCACAUCAACAACACGUAAUUCAAGUCUAUUCGGCACUGGCUUGUUGUUGGCUAACACUCAAUCAGCCCCACUAUUUCAAUCUUCCCCUGCAUUUGCACAACAGCCAUCAAGUACACCAGCUUUCUCCUCUGGAAACCUAUUUAGCACACCUAAUACUGGCAGUCUGUUUGGCAGCGGACCUUCACUUUUUACAAUGCCAACAUUUCAACAACCUGCCCCUACUCAAACACCAAACAUGUUCUCCUUCCAACCUCCGCCUCAACCAGCUUCUACAAGUGGAUUUCCUGGUUUUUCCAACACAGCUAAUCAGGCCCUCAUUGGACAGCAAACUCCUAGCCAAUCCAAUAUGGUCAUGCAACCUGCUCCUGUUUCGAAUCCAUUUGGGACACUUCCAGCAAUGCCUCAGAUGUCCAUUGGGAAUGGUGGAUGAUCUCCUUCGGUUCAGUAUGGAAUAUCAAGUUUGCCAACCCCCCCCCCCCCCCCCCCCCCCCCCCCCCCCAACACACACACACACCAACCACAUUUUCUUUAUAACUCACAAGCUAAAGUACAAGGUUUAUGGAAAAAAAUGCACAACAAUUUCCUAAUAGUCAAACAUGCAGACACUACAGCAGCAGCCUCCCACCGCAUCCAAAUAAUAAACGCCUCUACAUAAGCAAACUCUGCACCAGUGUUUUAUACAAAAAGCAAGAGUUUGACAAUGCAAUAAAAGCAAAGUGCUAAAUACAUCCUGAAUGUUGUUUUCAAAAUUUUAGACACCAAAGACAGAAUGCUCAUUCCAUAUGCAGUCUUCUCUGCAAACUAAUACUUGAUAGUAAUGUAGAAUGGAACAUUUGAAACUGUAAAAGGAAGUUUACAAAAAGAAUAAUAAAAAGAACUAUAUCCACAAGAGUAUUUUACAAAUGAUAAAUAUCACCAGAUACAUCAGCUGACACCAUCGAACAAAAAGCUGCAGCAAUGAGAAAGUACUAAUGAUAAAUUUAUUCUAGAUAACGUGUAAAUUACCAAACUAGUGUAGUCACUCAUAUCAAGUGCAGACCUGUUGUGCAAUAUGCAUUUUAAGAAGUAGCUACUGCAACUAUUACCUAUUCUUUCUGUUCUGUUCCAAAAUUAGACUUGCUUGUGCUUAACAAGUACAAUUUCCACUAAAAAUAGUAACUUUUAUUUGGAGUCAUUUUUACUUUUGAAUGUAUUUGCCCAACCUACCACAACUGUGGGUGGCAAAUUGCCUGAGGAACAAGCAUUUGCGUUUCCUUCCCAUCUUUAAGUGGCAAGAAGAAAAAGUAAUGCAGCAACAUAAAAUUUAACAUGGUUCAUGAACAAAAAGUAGUGACGCCAAAGAUCACAGUUUAUUAAAGAAUAACAAGUACGUGAAUCACUCAAUGUUUGAUAUUGAAAUUGAAAGCAAGUCACCACAUCCGUGUCUAAAACAGUUUGUAUGAAAGAUGAUAGAGUGAAUCCUUCCAUGGAAAUAUUUCUAAAACACGAUAACUAUUGCUGCCCAACAUUUAAUUCACACUAAUAUGCUCUUACCAUACCAUGGAGAAGACAACUACAAAAAAAAUAUCAAAAGGGCGCAGCGAUAAGCAGCUGCCAAAGCGUGCAGCUGGCAAAUAAAUUCACCUCAUGCUUAACAAAUAUUAUGAUAGCUCGUACAUCUCACCAGAGCUGCUGUACCAUGCACCUUCCUAUUCUGCGCAGAAGUAUCUCACAUAAACCUGUCACACACCACAUGAUCACCUUUAGUGUGCAUGCUUUCAUCCAGCAUACAAAGAUGCAUGUAGUUAUGCAGGAUGGGUCUUCUCACUUCAUCAAUAGUCAGAUCUUGAAAAAGAGAUUUGAUCUUGGUGGGUAAGCUUCGUAGAAAUUUCAUAAGCUAAAUAACUGCAGACAUCUGUACAAAAUCAUGAUCCUGAGUUAUCAAUUUCCUCUUACUCAACUUGGUUAUUAUCUUAUCAGUAGAACUUUGUUACCCAAAAUUAGUUAUGUUACCAGCAUUAGUGUUAUCAUCACUCGAGGUAGUCACUGCAGAAGUCAAUGGGAGCCUAGUCAUGGUCAACAAAGUCAAUAGGGUGAACAAGGUUCAUAUGGCAAAUCCUCCAAUAGCCUGCAUGUCAAUUUAGUACUAUUCUGGGUAAAUAGUCUUACGGUGCUCAUCAGCAAAGUCAAUAGGGUUAGCAUUAAGGAUUGUUGUCAACAAGGUGUUGAAAAGCACACAUCAGAUGCCUCAAUGACCACUGUUCCCAUCACAUAAUCAUAGAGGUUAGGGUAAACUCAUCGUGCAUAGGUUCCAGUUAUCUGCCAUAGGUUAGUUCCAUCCUCUUUCAUUUUGCCCAAGUUAGUAGAGUAUCUAGUGUUGUGACACCAGUCUUUGGAUCAGAGGGUAAUAGAAGAGUCAUGGGGUCAGCCUUACCAUGAUGAACUAGUUCCAUCCUCUUCCUCUUGCCCAAGUUAGUUGCCCAAGUUAGUUACAGUGUUAUCCGAGUAUCCAGUAUUGUGACCAGCAUCCUUUGGAUCUUAGGGUAAGAUAAGAGCCAUAGGUUAGCCUAAUCAUGAUCAACAAAACAUGUAGGCUGCUUGGGCUUAUUUGGCAAAGUUAGUCCUAUUCCUCGUAGACAGUCUCCUCAGGGUAACAACAGUCCAUGUUGAUGUCGAGCCAUUUCCAGUACCCUUUAGACCUACAUAACGCUUGGACUACAUGCAGAUACAAAGAUAACUUGUAAUGGAGCAACUUGAUGAUAUCAGAACGAGUGUACUUGCCAGUGAGAGCUGCCAGCUUCUUACUGAAAGGAUGCAUUGCGCCAUUCCGGUUUAUGGUCACCAACCAACAACCAGCAGCCAUAACAUCAAUAUGUUCCUGAUCCUCAAAAGUCAGAUCAGCUACCUCCUGCUGCUGCUGCCUAUGAGACAUCUUGCUCUUUACAUCUUUGUUGUAUUCACGCAACUCCUCGAAAAAAGGGUGCAUAGCAUCGAUGCCAAGAUAACCAAGACUCUCAUAGAUAGUCUGUAUUUUUGGUAUUGCAGAUGAUCCAAAAGAUUCAAUGAUGUCAUCCUUGUAAAUGGAGGCGAGCUUGAUGCUUAGCCACGCUCUUCCCUUAGAGGUUAACAGAGCUGCAUGAUAGCAAGCUAGGAUUUCAUGCAGUGCUCCCACAUCCAGCACGUUCAGCAAAUAAGAGACAUCUAGAUAAAGAUCAGAGAUGAUAUUAUCUCCGUAGACUUGCUUCAUUAGGCUCUCAAACAGUUUCUUCACUUGCUUGAAACCUAUAAACUCUAACUUGUCCUUCCCUGAUAUUUUAUCAUGUAGUGGCUCCUUGAUACGGAAUGUAUCAUGCAGAGCUGAGACUUCGAGGUUUUCCUCGACCUCCUGCAGGUGCAAUACAAUAACCAUGCUGCCUGUUCCUGGAGACUAGUUUUAUGGCAGACCUUCACAAUUUUUGGUAUUCAUAUUGCAUAAUCAAUGGCUUGCCGUCGUAAUUAUUAAUCAAGUAGUUGCUUACUGUAACAACAGCCGGUAUUCUCUUUAGAUAAGGGACCGGGUCUUCCCAGCUGGUCAACUUGACAUCUUCUGGAUCAUAGAAGCUGCAACAGCAACAAUAAUAUUAUAGGUAGUAUGGUUACUACGGUAAGACAGGCACGCUAGGAUGUUCACAUGGUUACUUCAGGAUAUGCUAGGGGAUUCGAUUUUAAUUUUUUACACUGAUCAAAAUGAGCACAAUAACAUAAGCUAAAUUCCGUUUCACGGAGAUCAGGCAUUUACCUGAGUUACGUAAGGACGGGAAGCUUCGGCCCCUGCUGGAUGGGCUCCUUGCCCCCC